AGUCAGAUGCGGAUUGAUGCCUUCAAGAAUUUCAGGUUCGUCGUCUACUAGAGGCUACUCCCACUGUGUCACUGACACUGGAACCAAACAAUACUGAAUUUUGUGUGGGACGUCAGCAAUGAACUGCCCGAGCUCCUCAGGCGGAGGAGGAACAGCACCAGCAGCUGGAGGAGGAAGACGAGCAUGGCCGUCGACGACAUCAGUGUCCAAUUCAGGGAAGAGGAUACAGAAGGAGAUGCAGGACUUCAACUUGAACCCACCUCCCGAUUGCGCCGCCGGACCCAAAGGAGAUAGUCUCUACCAGUGGAUUGCCACCAUCAUUGGCCCUCCAGGGUUGCCUUACGAAGGUGGAAUUUUUUUUCUGGACAUUACAUUCCCACAUGAUUACCCCUUCAAACCUCCCAAGGUGGCAUUCAUAACCCGAAUCUACCACUGCAAUGUUGAUUCUUCCGGCAACCCUGGUUUAAACAUCUUGAAAGAUGGCUGGAGUCCUGCUCUUACAAUCUCAAAGGUGCUACUUGAGAUCAGGUCAAUAUUCAUCAAUCCGGACCCAUAUAACCCUUUAGUCCCAGGAAUUGCUCACUUGUACUUGACAGACAGAGCUAAACACGAUGAGGCAGCUGCAGAGUGGACCAUGCGAUUUGCUAGGUAAAAUCAUCUAAAUCAGGAGGGCAUCAAGAAUUGCAAACAUUUGAGCUUGUAGUCCCUUCCGUUUUCUCCUAUUGUGGUUCGAGUGUGAAAGGAUGUCUUCAAGUGAUUUCAAGGCUAUGUGCCAGAAUGUGUUCUGUUGUAAUUACCAGAUUUUCCUGUAUGUGACCAGGACUUCUUUAUCUUCAAUGUCUUUCAUGUGCUCAAGCUGCAGCAUAGAUGGUGGGAUCUUCCCGCAUA